GCAAAUUGUGGCGAAUGGUGUGGAUCAAUUUAUAACGUCGCUGACGACAUCUGCAUUAAUUCCAUCCCUUGUCCUUUCGGUAGAGUGACUUUGAAGCAUUUCGUGCAUUACAACGUCUAUUACAUAGUAAAUUAGUAAAACAGUAAUUCCAAAUCAUCAAGUCGGAUCCCCCCAUAUAAAUAAACCUAUUCAACUAUUCAACAGACCGUAACAACUAAUGCGAUCGUUUCCAUUCUCUAACUUAUUCCGAACUUUCUUCACCUUUUCUACCUUGAGUAGAGCUAGAGUUCGUCCUUUGGUUCAUCCGUCACUGCGCUAUACCUCAACAACUUUAAGGUCUAUGCCGACCAUUCCAUUCUUAGGAAGUCUGUUUGGCUCAAGCUCAAAUACAUCCAACAACAUGUCGUAUCCGGACCAGAGAACACCUGACGAGUGGCGCGCUGUUCUCAGCAAAGAACAAUUCAGAAUUCUCAGAGAAAAGGGCACCGAGCCACCGGGAUCCGGGAAGUAUGAUAAGUUCUUCUCCGAAUCUGGCGUGUAUACAUGUGCAGGCUGCAAUUCCCCAUUGUACAAGGCAAAUCACAAGUUCCAGUCCGGCUGCGGCUGGCCGGCAUAUUUUGACAGCAUUCCCGGCGCUGUCACAAGGCAUACUGACAACUCGUGGGGCAUGGAAAGGACGGAGAUUUGCUGCGCCAACUGCGGUGGUCAUCUUGGUCAUGUCUUCAAGGGGGAAGGAUACCCAACUCCAACCGAUGAGAGACACUGCGUCAAUAGUAUCAGCCUAAAUUUCUCUCCGGAAGACAAGCCAGUCCAAGGAAACGAGAAAUAGAACAGGGUCGGCGACCAGGAAGCUGUAUUAAGAUUUCUGUUUUAAAGGGGGGAGCAGGGGCAAGGGGGGGUGGCAAAGGAAAAGUGAGAGAGGACUUAGUGAGGCAUGUCUAGGUUAGGUACCUGUGGAUGGGAAAAAGUAUGUCGAGUAAGGUUGUUCUAAGCAGUUUUACUAUUGAUAUAGUAUCUAUCUACAUUUCCUUUUUUGUUUUUUUUUUCCACUGCCAAAGAGUCACUUUUUUUCUAGCCAAAUGGAAGUGGGACAAUGGUGCGUCGGUGUCUUCGUCUAACAAUUUUUAGGGGUUCGUGCCUAACCAGUUGCUAAUAUUCGAGGCAUCUUACACAUUUCUGUCAUUUACGAAAUCUUCAUGUUUAAAAAAAUAGGGUGCUUACCGUCUUUGGUUGCCUUGGGGUGGGAUCUCCUUUAGGCGUAGUAGUUAGAAGCCAGUCGAAACAAAACGUCGUCUAAAUUUAAUUUCUUCAGUGUAUUCUCAACGCGCGGCUGCUCAAGUAGCAAUGA